ACUACAAUAUGGAUGACUACAUCAUACAUGACUACAGCAUGACAGACUACAAUAUGGAUGACUACAUCAUACAUGACUACAGCAUGACAGACUACAAUAUGGAUGACUACAUCAUACAUGACUACAGCAUGACAGACUACAAUAUGGAUGACUACAUCAUACAUGACUACAGCAUGACAGACUACAAUAUGGAUGACUACAUCAUACAUGACUACAGCAUGACAGACUACAAUAUGGAUGACUACAUCAUACAUGACUACAGCAUGACAGACUACAAUAUGGAUGACUACAUCAUACAUGACUACAGCAUGACAGACUACAACAUGGAUGACUACAUCAUACAUGACUACAGCAUGACAGACUACAAUAUGGAUGACUACAUCAUACAUGACUACAGCAUGACAGACUACAAUAUGGAUGACUACAUCAUACAUGACUACAGCAUGACAGACUACAAUAUGGAUGACUACAUCAUACAUGACUACAGCAUGACAGACUACAUAUGGAUGACUACAUCAUACAUGACUACAGCAUGA